CGUCGUCAACACUGCAGUCUACCCAUUGAGUUUAGCAUUAGCUACCUAGCAGCUGCAGUAGCAGAACCACAGCACGCCCAUCAAAACCUCUGAACUUCCAGUUCCAACCAGCUAUCAUAGAAGAAAAGGAAAGCACCAUAAUGGAGGCAACAUCUUCCCAGCUGGACCCGGAUCUAAUAAGGGAGGUUCUUGAAUGCCCUAUCUGCCUGGAGACCUACAACCAGGAUCAAAUGAGGCCCAAACUCCUGCAGUGUGGUCACACAGUGUGCCGGCAGUGUCUAGAGAAGCUGUUGGCUAAUACUAUAAACGGUGUGCGCUGCCCCUUCUGUAGCAAGGUGUCCCGUAUGAGCAGUAUCUCCCAAUUGGCCGAUAAUCUCACUGUGCUCAAGAUCCUAGAUUGUACUACAUGCUGCAGUGCUGCUACUGCUGCCCUGAUGUGCAAGUCCUGCUGCAACCGCCUGCCACGACAGUACUGCCAUGAUUGUGCUACAGUCCUCUGUGAGCUCUGUAAAGGUGAGGGCCACCUGCAUCAAGGCCAUUCAGUCCAGCCAAUUAGGGUGGCUGCUGAACAGCGUCGUAAAGAACUUGGUGGAAAGCUGACUUCUCUGCGUGAUGUUAUGGGCAAUAUUCAGAAGAAAAAGACAGCUAUUGAAAACAUCUCCAAGUCCUUGAGACUAAAGUACCAGGCAGUGCAGCAGGACUAUACUUCAGCUGAGCUACGUCUUCAAGAGGAACUCAGCAGGUCUCGAAGGACAUUCACAGCUUCCAUGGCAGAAGUGGACAAGCUUAAUGGACAAGUCCUGGAGGAGCAGACGUAUCUCCUCAACAUUGCAGAGGUAAAAGUGGUGUCACGCUGUGAUUAUCUGAGAAUGCUUGUGAGGCAGAGCGAUAUUGCUUUGCUAAAGGAUGAUGGCGAAGGCAAUGAUGAUGAAGAGCUGGAUUUAAGGAGCAGCUUGCCCAUCAUGUUUCAGCUGCAAGAGCCAGAGCUGGUCAGAACAGAACACUCUAAACCUAUAGAAGUGGGCCAAGUGACCACAAAUACUUAUACUGUCAAUACAGAGGAUGAGGAGAGCGGUUUGGAGAUAUCACUUGAGGGUUAUGUAGAGAGUGAAGCUGUUACAAUAGGGGCUACUGGUGGUGGAAGGGGGGCAAUGGAUCAUUACCGAGAUAUUGACAUGCUAGCAGCUGUAGAGGAUGCAGCAUGUGGUUCACCAGGCAGCUUUAAGUCAAAAUCUAUGGAUGCAGGCGGGGGAUCACCUGGAGGAGCUGGGGCAAGUGCAGCGCCGCCAGUCUGCCAGUUUGUGAAGAAGAUGGGCUGCAAGGGAACACUACCUGGCAUGUUCAAUUUACCAGUCGGCAUUUGUGUAGCACAACAAGGUGAGGUCUUGGUGGCUGACCGUGGCAACUACCGCAUCCAGAUAUUUAAUCGUAAAGGUUUCCAGCGUGAAAUCCGCCGUAAUGCCAGUAGCAUUGACAACUUUGUCUUGAGCUUCCUUGGGGCUGAUCUGCCUAACCUCAUCCCCUUAUCCAUUGCUGUCACUCCUCAAGGCCUGAUCGGGGUCACUGACAACUAUGAUAACUCAGUUAAAGUCUACACUAUGGAUGGACACUGUGUGGCUUGCCAUAAGAACCAGCUGAUUAAACCCUGGGGCAUUGCUGCAAUGCCAUCAGGUCAGUUUGUGGUGUCAGAUGUGGAAGGUGGCAAGCUCUGGUGUAUCACAGUGGACCGCAAUCUAGGUGUGGUCAGCUACAAUCGAUUGUGCUCUGCUGUGCGGCCAAAGUUUGUGACGUGUGAUGCGGCUGGAACAGUCUAUUUCACCCAGGGACUAGCCCUGAAUUUUGAAAAACGUCACAAUGAGCCCCAUCUGGAAGGUGGCUUUUCUAUUGGCUCAGUGGAUACAGACGGCCAGCUAGGCAAGCAGCUCAGCCAUUUCUUCUCAGAGACGGAGGACUUCCGCUGUAUCACCGGCAUGUGUGUGGAUGUCAAUGGGGAUUUGCUAGUAACGGACAGUGGCAGGAAAGAAAUCCUCCAGUUUCCCAAAGAAGGUGGAUUCAAAAUUCUUAUCCAUGAAGGGCUGACCUGCCCUGUGGGAGUGGCCACCACCCACAAAGGACAACUGCUUGUGCUGGAUUGUUGGGACCACUGUGUCAAGGUCUACACAUACAUUCAGAGGAGGCACUCCUCUACUUCAUAGAGGACCUGUCCAGUUCUGCACACAGAGGUUUCGUGUGUGUGUUGGUAGGUGUGUAUGGACCUUUGGGAAAAGGUCAUCCGUCACUUUAGUUUGGCUGCAUUCCAAACAACAACAACAACAACAACACUCCAGCAUUCAUUGAGUUAAUAAAUUAAUAUUCUAGUCAAUUUGGUUUAAAACCAACUGACUUUUAAUUGAAUACCUCAAAUUAAAAAUAUGCUACUUAAGCUGCCUUGUUCCUGAUUAUUGGAACGGAUUAGAACACUAAAACGGACCUUGCAAUAUUUUACAUGAAAAAGACUAUAAAGUUUUGCAUUAAGCAAAUGAAGCCAUUGAUGUCAAAGCUAAUGCAGGCACAAAGUAUAUAUGUUUCCCUUCCUCUGUUUAGCUGCUAUAUCCACCAUUUAGCCUCACUGUGUGUGAUGCAUGGCUUUCACUGAUCUGGCUCAGCUUUGCCAAAGAGAAACAGGACGAAGAAGAACUGAAAAAUGUAUUUACAUAUAAAUUAAGCAUACCAAGGCUUUUGCCCCGUGAAGCACUUUAUUAUUGACACAACACUGUUUCCUAGGUUUUAGUAGCACAGACAUACAUCGAUCUUGCUGAAUGCAGCUGCCAGCUUUAAAGUUUACUGUGCAGCUAGCUAACGGCAAAGCAGUAACCAAGUAUCAGCAUUCCGUAAAAUUCAGGGAACAUUAAGUGUAAAAACUUAAGUUACCUACACGAUAGAGUUGAACGACAACAUGAUAGGCUAGGGAGGAAAGCAGGGUAACAUGGGGCAAUGGUAAAAUAUCAAUUACUGGGGUUCUGUGGGUUAAAUGCAGUCAGAAUUAUGGUUACAGAUGUUUAAAUUUGCCGACCAAAUAAUGUCCCGGUACUUAAUAAUACUGCCUAUCUAGCCUGUGUGCUGUGUAUUUUGGAGUAGCACAUCAGCCUAAUUUCAUUUUUUUAUUUUAUUAUUAGUCUCAAACAAUCAACAAUGUUACAAAUUAGAAAAAUUAAAUGAAAAACACGAAAUAAAACAAUCAGAAUUCACCA